AUGUCCAAAGCAACUCUGGCCAUCAUCGCGGCCGCGAGUGCCGCCACCGGUGCCGGUGUCACCGCACUCCUAUACUCCUCCAAGCCCGCCCGCCCUCAACAGCAGCAGGAGCAGUAUCAACAACUCCCACCCCCAAGCGCGGGCGCCAAAGUCCCCACCACCACUCAAACCCCAACCCUCGCAGCCAAGGCAGUCGGUCCCGUUGACCCCGCCGGUGUCCUCCAGUAUGGAUUCCCAGGCCCGGUCGCCGACGAGAUCUCCUCUCUCCCCCUGCACGGCGCUUACGACCGCCGCACUCGCAAUCCCGCCUGGGUCGCCGAGCACAUCACACCGCAGUCCCUGUUGAUCAAGAACGCCGACCGCAAACACAGCACCUUCUUCGAGGAUACCUCCAUCCCGGUUCUGUUCCGCGCCAAGCUGUCCGACUAUUUCCGCUCGGGAUAUGACCGCGGCCACCAGGUGCCUGCUGCAGACGCCAAGUGGUCCCAGGAGGCCAUGGAUGGCACCUUCUCACUGAGCAACAUGUGCCCGCAGGUCGGCGAGGGCUUCAACCGCGACUACUGGGCCCACUUUGAGGAUUUCUGCCGUAACCUGACGCAGAAGUACCCCUCCGUGCGUGUCGUGACCGGACCCCUGUACCUGCCGCACCGGGACCCUGAUGGAAAGUGGCGUGUGAACUACGAGAUGAUUGGAAACCCGCCCAACGUUGCUGUGCCGACGCAUUUCUACAAGGUUAUUUACGGAGAGGAUGGCUCUGGUUCGCCAAAUGGCAAGGUUGCGCUGGGUGCGUUUGUUUUGCCCAAUGCCCGCAUUCCCAACCAGAAGAGUCUGUCGGAGUUUGAGGUCCCAGUGGAGGUUUUGGAGCGCGCCUCUGGCUUGGAGUUUGCCGCUAAGCUCGACUUGGGCCGUCGUCGCCGUUUGUGUCAGGAGGUCAAGUGUGAUAUCACUGUUCGCGAGUUCAACAACACCAAGAAGAAGCUCGCUUAG